CCAAGAACAGUGGUUGGUAGGCGAAAGUUUGUCCCAUACCUUAAUUUCGGUCUCAUACAUAAAAUUAAGGACUUUGGAAGGAUAUUCAACGAAUGUUCGAGUACACCUUCUAGCUAUCGAUGUUUCAGUUUCACCAGUCAUCCUAGCUCUAUUUUUUGGUCGGCCGCUUACCAUUUGGCAGUACGUGAGAAUUCCAUGCUUCAUGUAUACGAAAUAUUAGUGCUACCAGUAUCAUAUACAUCACAAAAGAAGUUUAUGCCAACAAAUUCUUGCCAUUCGACAUGGACUGAGGAGUCGGAUUAUUAGGAACAUCACAUCCGACCGCGACACCCUUUGCUCUCUUCCCUUCUCCUUCACACGUCUCCUACUGAACUUUUGAUUUUAUUAAGUUGAGUAUACGGUGUUUGGUACUGAUACCUCACAUACAGACGACAUUUCUGAAUUUAUCAUUAUUGAUAGAAUGCACCUCUCUGAAUUUUGGCAGGUGUCCGCGGAAGAUCAUAUUGUCGAUCGGACACUGGGACAGUGUUAGGAUGUUGACCAGAAGACUGCAGGGAUGCACCGCUCUUCUUAUCGUGUUUCUCCUCUCCAACGUGUCAGGCAGUUUCACUGAAGAAACGGAAGGAGAAAGCAAGAGGCGGUCGCUAGCGACGGGGCUGUUCUGCGUGGCAAUGCAGGGAGCGGACCCAACAGCGCUGCAGACGGGGCUCAACUUCGCGUGCGGCCCGGGCCACGCCGACUGCUCGGCCAUCCAGCCCGGCGGCAAGUGCUACAAAGCCAACGACCUGCCGGCGCUGGCCUCCUACGCCUACAACGACUACUACCAACGCAACGUCGCCUCCGGCGCCACCUGCAGCUUCAGCGGCACCGCCACUACCACCACCACAGACCCCAGCUCGGGGCAGUGCGUCUUCGCGGGAAGCUCCAUGGCGGGAGGGUCGAACUCGAGCACGCCGGGGGCGAGCGCCCCUUCCAGCUUCACCCCGCCGUCGUCGACGUUCACGCCGGGCUUCACGCCUGGCUUCGGGAAUCCCGCCGGCUCCUUCAACCCUCUGCAAGACGCCGCGGAUAGCCUCAUGGCCGGCGCUCGCAGGUCGCUCUGCGUGCUGCUUCUUCUGCUGCCGCUCUCCUUCUGAUCAGGGCCUCCGCUCGACUGUACAUUGUGCUCCAUGCCAUUCGUUGCAUGUUACUAGAGAUUAUUAUAAAGUUACAUGACAGGGAGGAUCACUAGAGUAUCACCAUCAUCUUUACAUGUUCUUUCUUCAGUACUUCAAGUCGGAUCUUCUAUAAACUGAACCAUAUAUGUAAAUAAUUUAUGGAGAUCGCACAUUUUUGCUUAA